GUAAUCGACGGAAGAAACUUUGAUGGUGGAGGUUGAAUACAUAACAUUCUGACCAAAUCGACGCGAUUUUGUUCGGUUUUUACCGAGGUUUUUCUUCGAUUUCACUCCUAAAAGACCCUAGAGCUACUAAAGAUCAUGGGAGCCGCUUUAGGAGCGCUUGGGAGCAUUGCAAGUUGUGCUUCGUGRGCUUCUUGUGUCAGUAGCCUCGCUCCUGUUGCAGCAUGUUGCUGUGGUGGUUCUGCAUGUUUCUGCUGUUGUGCAKGAUGCCCAACUUGCAAGAACUCCACAGCUUCCAGAAUUGUCUACACAAUUCUUCUGUUCCUUGGCACUGUGGUCUCAGCUGUUAUGUUAGCYCCUGGGAUACGRGARAAACUUGAACAAAUCCCACAUUUCUGUGACAACAAAUACAUACAUAACAGUGAAAAUGUGUGCAAUAGCAUGGUUGGGUACCUGGCUGUAUAUAGGGUGUGCUUUGGAAUGGCUGCUUUUUUCUUUCUUAUGGCYGUGAUGAUGUUUAAAGUGACAUCAAGCAGAGAUCCAAGAGCAAAAUUUCAAAAUGGAUUUUGGUUUGUUAAACUGGCUUUACUCAUUGGACUCAUGGUUGGUGCYUUUUUCAUUCCUAAAGGAGAUUUUGGAGAAGCCUGGAUGUACAUUGGUAUGAUUGGAGGCUAUUUGUUCAUCAUCCUUCAGCUGAUCUUGCUUGUUGACUUUGCUUACAAUUGGAGUGAGAAAUGGGUUGAAAAAUAUGAAACAACUGGAAAUAAGAGAUGGUACUGGGGUCUUGUGAUUGGAACAAGUGGAAUGUAUAUUAUCUCUGUUGUUGGUGUUGUAUGUUUCUUUUUCUUUUAUACAACACCUGAUGGUUGCAAGACUAACAAGUUCUUUAUCAGUUUCAAUCUCUGCUUGUGUAUUGUAAUUUCAAUACUUGCCAUCAUUCCUAAAGUACAGGAAGCUCAACCAAGUUCAGGUCUUCUUCAAGCAGCCAUGAUAACACUGUACACCGUGUACCUGACAUGGUCAGCAAUGUCCAAUGAACCAGAUGCAUUGUGUAAUCCCAGUGGUUCUUUGUUUACUGACAGUAGUAAACACCCCACACCCACAAUGAACGUCCAUACUAUAAUGGCAGCCAUAAUCAUGUUUGUCAUGGUGGUGUACUCUUGUCUUAGAACAAGCAGCUCCUCUCAAUUGGGCAGUAUUGGUAUGAGUACAAGCAACAAUAGUAUGGAGGAAACUUUGCUUCCUGACUACAACCAAGAUGCUGAAGUAAAGACUGGUGAUGAUGACAAACCAAAGCACCAAAAAGUGUAUGACGAUGAAAGCACUGCUGUCAACUACAACUAUUCAUUUUUCCACGCCACAUUCUUCCUGGCAUCACUGUACAUCAUGAUGACACUCACUAACUGGUAUAGUCCCCAGGGAUCUGACUUCAGUAAGCUUACCAGUAACUGGGCAACAGUGUGGGUGAAGAUCAGUUCAAGCUGGGUUUGCAUUGCUCUCUAUAUAUGGACCCUGAUUGCUCCUGUCGUGUUCCCAGACCGUGAAUUUAGUCGCUAAGUAUGCAGUGUAACCAUCAAUAAAAAAAACUCUACUAGAAAUGCUACUCGGUUCUGUAAUAUAAUAAAUUGGUAACAGAACAUUCUCUACUCCUGCACAAAAAGGUCAAUGAAGAAACCUACUAAACAAUUUUGAUAUCUUUGUUCAGUUAUCUACAAUCAUGAGAACUUUUUUUUACCAGAAAACAGCAUUUUUUAAAACGUAAGACUUGCAGCCACGUGCAGAUGUGAUGCAAAAGUGAUGCAAAAGACUCUACACUUUGAUUUGAUUCUAUAGUUAUUUUUGUGCAAAAGUUGAGACUGUUCUUGUAGUCAAUUAGAAUAAAAGCAUGCAGGCACACUUGCAAUUUUGUUUUUAGACUAUGCUGCAUCGGAGGAUUGGUAACGAUUUCAGCCAUAAGAGAGUUAGGCCUGGGGCAACGUCGUGAUACAGUUGAGCUGAAUUUAAUUAUUUGAAUUAUGUUCAUGUAAAAUAUGUCGUUAAAGUUUGACUGAACAAUUUUGUACGAUGUCUGGCUACAUGUAUUAAGCAUGACUUCUUUAGGGGUACCACGCAAGAAUUUAAUACACUCAGGACGUUUGAACUGAUCUACUGAACUACUAAGUCAAUUGGGCCCAUCUAAAUUGGACGCAAUGAAAUGCGGCGUGUGACUCAGGCCUAACAGAGUCAUUAUGGAGGAGGGUACGUUAAAUUCAAUAAGCUGAAGUUCUGGUGAAUAACAUUAGAUAAAAACGGGAACCAAUCACUGCUGCAGUUUUUUAAUAUUACUUUCUUAACACUCGCACUACACUAGCUUUAGCUGUGAAAAAAAGAUAUUAAUAUGGUCCCACUGGUUCUAUUUAGACCCAAAACAAUUGCGCGGACAGUGAAAGACUGUGAGACGACUUUGCAGACUAGAGUGGUUUUCAUAAACCCGUGAAACAAUAGUCAGAUGACAAAAAAAGAAAAUGGUAUUAGGGUGUACUAAAGUGUAUUUCACGGGUUUAUGAAAACCACUCUACUGUUCCUGUAAAUAAUUGCUUGAAUCRUCUCUAAAGUUUAAUAUCUGAGUUUGGUCCAUAAUUAUUCAUUUCAUGCCAAGUCAGGAUUGUUGAACUUUAAAUCUAAACUGGCAUCAUUCCAAAUUCAGAUAAGUGUACAUUUUAUUGAAAUAGAGUUUAAGAUCGUAAAAAACUCAUUUUUACAGAUUCCKGUGCCUUCUUGAAAAUGUUUUACUGCUUGUUCAAAAUCUCUCGUACAACGGASUGACUCGCGCUACGUGUUCGACCAUCGCUCUACGCGCUCAGUAGAUUCUCACUAUUCACCAUUCCUAGGAGUAAGCUAGCGAGAGUCCGAUACUUGGGAAAGUCUAGUUCAAAGUGAAUUGUAAUUUUAGUGUUAGAUUUCUAUCUUUGCAAACUCCACACUCAUUUUGAUAUACUUUUCAAGCUGGCGCCGAGGACCGUAYAAAUGAGUAUUGUCUUUACUAUUGCACAGCUAUUUUUAAAAAUGGUAACCACUGCCAUUUCGUUAUCGUUUCACACUUGUGCUUUAAUUUUUGUUUAUAUAUAAUAAUUUGUAAAGUUUGAUUCAGAAUUAAACGACAAUAAGCCAUU